UCUUAUGUCUCAUCGUGCAGGUACUACGCCACAGUGCACCCUCUGAAGAAGCGCAUCUCGAUGGCGGCCUGUGCGUAUGUGCUGUCCGGCAUCUGGCUGCUGUCCUGUGUGCUGGUGGCUCCGGCGGUGGCCCACACCUACCAUGUGGAGUUCAAAGAUGAGGGUUUGACCAUCUGCGAGGAGUUCUGGCUUGGUCAGGAGACCCAGCGGCUGGUGUACGCUUACAGCACGCUAUUGCUGACCUACAUCCUCCCUUUAUCCGCUGUCUGCGUCUCGUAUUUGUGCAUCUCUGUUAAACUACGCAACUGUGUUGCUCCGGGACAUCGCACACGCGAUCAGGCCGAAGCACAGCGGAUCAGGAAGAGGAAGAUCUUCAGGCUGGUGUCCCUGGUGGUGGCGGCGUUCGCUGUUUGCUGGCUGCCCAUCCAUGUUUUUAAUGUUCUGCGCGACAUCGAUAUCCGCCUGAUCAACAAGCGGCACUUUCUGCUGAUCCAGCUGUUGUGUCAUCUGUGCGCUAUGAGCUCGUCCUGCUGCAACCCGUUUCUGUACGCAUGGCUUCAUGACCGCUUUCGUGCAGAGCUGCGAAAGAUGUUCACCUGCCACCGGCGCAUCGGGAUACCUGCAAACCACUGCGCCACGGCCAGCGUCGUACUGUGAACACACUAAGGGCUUCGAAAAUGAGCUGAAAGCAUGUGGAGCCUAAUAAGAGUGAGUGGUGGGAGUGUUGGGGAUGUCUAGGUGUCGGGCCGAGCUGUCUGAAUAACACAGCUAAGUAACUUUACUAUGCACUGAUUUGGUCAGCUGCUGCGAUCGGAUACUAUACCAGAUUUGGCGAUCCUAGGGUGUUAUAUACUGUACCACAAAGCUGAGGACCAGAGUAAAGGCUGAUUUAUACUUCUGCGUCAAACGCCGGCGUAUGCU